UCAUCUCCGCAAUUUGAACUCAUUUUCUUAGCUUUCAUGGCGGCUUAUGCAGCUCUGAUUUCUCUUAUGAAAGUCAUAGAUGAUAUUGAAACUCAUCCAUCCCCUCCCAUUUUUCUCGAUAAACAACAAGUUGAAUCUCUCACCGAAAAACUUAUCUUUUUGCAGGAAUUUCUCGAAAGCUAUAACUCUCCUUAUGCAUACAGUGACGAAGCAGAUCCGUUGGAGAUGCGCAUUGUAGAUGCAGCGCAAGCGACCGAAGAUGUGAUCGAGUCAUAUAUAAUCGACACUAUCCAGCUCUCUGCAGCAGCAGCAGCAGCAGCAUCUGAGGAUGGUGGUGAUGAACAAAUCAGUUGCAUCCACUUCUAUGAGGAUGUGCAGAAUGUGAUAGAAGAACUUGAUUUGCUCAAGAAAGAGGUGGCUGGGAUUAAGAGGGAGAAGGUAGUUCACCAGAGAAACAUGGGUUCUGAUGAUGGUGGUUUAAGAUCCAGGAGUUCCACAGAGAACAACCCUAUCAUGGUAGGGUUUGAUGAUGUGCUUCUUCAACUCUUGGAUAGGCUAACUGAUGGAAACACCAAUCGCCAAAUCAUCCCUAUCGUAGGGAUGGGUGGAAUCGGCAAAACCACUCUGGCAAAAGGUGCGUUUGAACAAAAGCUUAUUAAAGAGCAUUUUGAUAUUUGUGUGUGGACUACCAUUUCCCAAGAUUAUAAUAUAGUAGAAACUCUUAGAGAAGUUCUCUCUCGAGCAGGAGGCAGUAUGGAUGAGAAAGAUUUGGUAGUAGGAUUACACAAACGUUUAUGGGGUAGGAGGUAUCUCAUUAUAUUGGAUGAUAUGUGGAGUAUAGAUGUGUGGGAUAAGUUGAAAUCUUCCUUUCCUGAUUGUGGUAAUGGUAGUCGAAUACUAGUCACAACUAGGAUGUCAAACUUGGCUCUCCACUUGACUCAUUCCUAUAAUGUCUUUAAGAUGGGAUUUCUAGACGAGGCUAGUAGUUGGAUUUUAUUCUCCAACACUAUCUUUGGAGAACAAAGUGUUCCUACUCAACUUGAAAAAAUUGGAAAGAAAAUUGUGAAAAAGUGUAAUGGACUUCCUUUGGCGAUUGCUGUGAUAGGGGGUCUAAUGGCAAAAUCCAAACUUACACUUGAAUAUUGGGUGCACAUAGAAGAAAACUUAAGUUCAGUAGUGAAUUCGGAGAAUGAUGAUUAUUGCUUUAGAAUAUUGAAACUGAGCUAUAAUUAUUUGCCUGCCUAUCUGAAGCCUUGUUUUCUGUAUAUGGGUGUGUUUAAAGAAGACUGCGAGAUAAGAUCUUCGACAAUAGUCGAGCUAUGGGUUUCUGAAGGAUUUCUUAAACCGAUAGAUAACAAAAGUUUGACAACGAUUGCGAAAGAGUACCUAAAGGAGCUAGUUGAUAGAAAUCUGAUUGUAGUUCAAAAGGUGGGUUUGUAUGGAAAUGUAAAAUUCUGCAAGAUUCAUGAUUUAUUAAGAGAUCUAUCCAUGAAAGAAGCUCAAAAACAGAGGUUUUUUUAUGUUUUGAGAGAACAAAGUCCUCAAGGAGUAAUUAGCCAACACCGCAUUGUUAAUCCAGGAAGCACUUCAAAGGAAAAAAUCUGUGAUGCCUUGGACUCUAUGUCACAUGCUCGGUCUUAUGUAUGCCGUACACUUGAAUUUCAAGAAUUGCCAAAUUCUAGAUUUCUGAGGACAACACUAAAUGCACAUGAUUCCCCAUAUGCACUAUGCAGGUGUUCCUCUGAACAUGUAUUUCACUUGGUGAAUACACGAUACCUUGCUUUUGAAAUUGAUUUGAAGUACGUGAUUCCCUCAAUCAAUCUGCUUUGGAAUCUACAUACACUAAUUAUUCGGUGUUGGGAUGAUUUUAUUGCACCAAUUGAAAUUUGGAAAAUGCAUAAGCUUAGGCAUGUCAACUUCCCACACUGGAAAUUGCAUCUCCCAGAUCCUGUGAGCAUCGACAAUGAUAUUAUUAUCAUGGAGAAUCUAGAGGUGCUCAAAGGACUGGAAUAUUUCAGUUUAAGUGAAGAUGUUAAAAGAAUUCCCAAUAUCAAGAAAUUGAAAUUGAAGAAUAAUCCGGAGCUGCUUGAGAGAGUUAACUAUCUCAGCUAUCUUCAAUGUCUUAGUAAACUGGAAUCCUUGGAUCUGAGAGUCUCCUUUCACUGUAAUGGAAAGUUUCAGCUGAAGAUGAGCUUCCCACCCUCCCUUACGAAGUUGUUUCUCCUUCUGCCACUUGAUUUUGAGUUGGAAGACAUACUACCAGCAAUAGGUUCCUUACCACUUCUACAGAAGCUCGGAUUAAAGCAUGGUCGCUUCAGAACAGGCAAGUGGGGAACAAUUGAAGACCAAUUCCCCAGCCUCAAGUCACUAACAUUGACCAACUGUAAUGGUCUGGAAAACUGGACAGUGUUAGAGAGCUUUCCACAUCUUCAGGAGCUUCAUCUUGAAAAAUUUAACAAAUUGAAGGAGAUCCCUUCAGAAAUUGGAGAAAUACCAACACUCAAAUCAAUUAGAUUGAGAUAUUGCAGUGAAUCAGCUGUGUUGUCAGCUAAACAGAUAUUAGAGGAGCAAGAGGAUUUACAAGGAGACCAAGCAGAUCUUCAUGUAGACGUUAGAGUUUCGGCGGAAGAUGAAGCGCUGAAGAAGUUGGCAAGUCCCAAUUUUGAAGUUACUUCGGAUGAUGCCAUCUUGAAAAGGAUGUUAAGGGUUCGAGAGCAACAUUUGCAACGGAGUCAACAGACAACAGAACUGCCCGAGAGCGAGAAGCCACCAACAGGCAACCCAGCCCAAAGAGAAUAAUCAAAGGCCUUGUCGCCAAACCACCCUGGAACGUUGAGACCAAGAGAGCAACUCAAGCAGCCGGAUAGCUACCAAGACUUCGUCUCCAAGUAGACGACCCGGCCAGGAGCAUGGUGUUUUAAUUAGUCAGUUUAAUUAUUGUAAUUUUGCAUUUUUUUUAUUUUAAUUAUUAAACUUAUUUGAGUCAAGCGUUUUGUAAGCUCCUGUCGGGUUUUCUUGGUUGGUUCUUUCCCGAUGUAUAAUAUUAGGUCGAACCAACCCUAGGGUCCUAGAUAUAUAAAUACGGCUAUUCAUUAAUUCCGUUCUCAAUUAAUGAAGAAUUAUUUGUCCAAA